AUGAUUCCCUCUACUCGAAUUUGUAUAGCACCAAAUUGUUAAGCAUAAUCCCGUUUAAUUUAAUCUAUUAAAGAGCUUGAUUUUCAUAAAGGACAUAGUUCCUCAAGUCUAGGAUAACUUACCAAAAAACUUAAAGAUGUCAUACCAGAUUUCCCUAUUACUACAAGUACUAAAUAAAUCAUUGAAUCCAAAUUUCAAAUCAUUUAAGAAUACUUACAAAAGAAAUAAGAAAUUUAUUAGAAGUAUUAUUAAUUCACUUAUAUUUUAUUAAGGAAAUGUGAAAAAUAUGAAUUGAUUGAGGCAGCAUCGAAAUUUAUUAAUUCAGAAUAUUCCUUAUUAAAUGAAAAGGCAAUAGAUUUAAUAGUUAAAGCACUACCUAAUAAUAUAUCUGAAACUUUAGAAUUAUAAACUUCUCAAUAUUGUGAUUUACAAAUUCAAAUUUAAAAAGAAUUGGAUGAUUUAUUUCUUUUAAUUAGUACAGAUAACAAAUAAGAAUCCAAUUAACCAGUCUAAUAAAUUUAAUCACCAAAAAAAAAACUAUCUUAAAUUCAAACUACAGCUAUACCUAUAGCUAUCACUGAAAAACCAUAGUUUAUUAAAAUGCCCUAGGCUUAUGAUUAAUUAUCUAAAUUUGAUAUAAAUAACUAAAAAGCUAAACACUUAGAAGGAUGUAAGUCUUAAAAAUUCUAUAUUAGAUCCCUCCUUUGUUAUGACUAACCAAUUACUUAAAGAAGGUAGCUUUAUUAAAUUUGAAAUUGUUAAAAUUUAAAAUGAUUAUGUAGGAAUAGGUAUUGGUGCUAUGGAAAGAGCAUCAAUUGAAAAAAAUGGUUUAAUUCUUACUGGAGAACAAUUAUAAACUGUUGGACAUGGUGUUUAUAUGAAUUUUAAUGAUAAAUGUAUCUACCAUAGUGAAAUUGAAAAUGGUGCUGUUUAAGGAAAAGAUAAAGGAAUUUCAUUCUAAGAUGGUGAUUAAAGUAAUCUUAAUCUAUUAUUUAUUUAGUUCUUUGCAGUUAUACUAAAGGUUAGUUGACAUUUUAAAAUUUGAAGACGUCAUCUUAGUAUUCUAUGAAAGUUAAUUUAUCAGAUAUUAUUUUCAUUGUUUGGUUAGACUUGAGCGAAGUUAAAAUUAUUUGA